AUGGCCAAGGGAAGAGGCAGUGCAUCAUGGUCGGCUCGAGCCGUAGUUGCUCUUAUGGCUGUGUCAGUGUUGUUGCUUCAAGCCGACUACGUUCAAGCUGUGAUUUACACUGUUGGUGACUCCAACGUCUGGACCUUUAACGCUGUGAAUUGGCCUCGAGGCAAAAGUUUUAAAGCCGGUGACGUUCUCGUGUUUAAUUAUAAUCCGAGUAGCCACAAUGUAGUGGCGGUAGAUAGUGGAGGCUACAACAAUUGCAAAACGCCGGCACGUGCGAGAACAUACACUUCUGGCAAAGAUCGUAUAACAUUGUCUAAAGGACAAAACUUCUUCAUCUGCAACUUUCCAGGCCAUUGCGAAUCCGACAUGAAGAUCGCAGUCACUGCCAAUUGA